GUUGUCAAAUGAAAGAAAAAACGUCAAUGUUGACUCAGUCUGGUGCAUAACUGAACAGUCACUGACCAAAUGUUUCCCACAGCACAAGCCAUCUCAGGGCCUUGCUGUAAUAAACAGUCACAUAAACAGAAAAACAUUUAUAGGGCGGAGUCGCACUGUCGGGAAGCGCUUAUAUAUAGGAGUGUAUUCAUUAGUGCACAGAGUUUUUAUUGAACGAAUUCAGGUAGGUCCCUCCCCGUUUCGUCCCGUUUGCUUCCGUGUAAGAAGCGUUUCGCAACAGAAACGGCGUAAUGAAUUCGCCCCUGCUGGGAUCUAUUGGACCACGUGACUGGAUAGUACACGUUAGGGCAGCCAUCGUUUUACCUAAUUCAUGUCCAACCCAAAAUGGGAAAGCGGUGGAAGGAUUGGAGAGGAUAGAACGAACAGCAAUGCAAUAGCUUGGGUAUUGUGUUUAAAUUGGGGGAAAAAACUCGCUUUUCCAAUCCUCUCUGUAGGUUUUAUUGGUUGAAAACAAGAAGUUGCCAAGCCAAGGUGGGCUUGAACCAAGACCUGGCCUGAUCCUGUUACCUGGCAACCAGUGACAGGGCACCAAUCCUAGCCUCCUGAUUGGCUGUGACAGAAGAGGUGGUGAGGAGGGGGCAACCGAAAACAAACUACUUUGCUCACCCCCUUUUUUUGUUUCAUCUUUGUUUUGAAGGGGGGAAGAGGAGCACUCGACAGGAGGAGGAGUGCUCUGUGGGCGCUCUAACUUCACAAAGGAGCAUGGGGCAGAGUGUUCCUGGAGGCAUAAAGACUAUUGACAUGAGGGACCCGGCAUUCAGGCCUCUGGAGCUGGCAGCUCUGGACCAUAACAAGCCCUCCAGGCUGGAUCUGCUGCUGGACAUGCCCCCUGCUGGACAGGAGGUCCAGAUGCAGCACUCGUGGAACAACAACGACCGAUCGCUCAACAUCUUCGUCAAGGACGACAACAAACUGGUCUUCCAUCGGCACCCCGUGGCUCAGAGCACAGAUGCCAUCCGGGCCUGUAUCGGCUACACCCGGGGGCUACAUAUCUGGGAGAUCAGCUGGGCCAUGAGACAGCGGGGCACGCACGCCAUCGUCGGCGUGGCGACGGGAGACGCGCCGCUUCAUUCCGUAGGCUACACGACCCUGGUGGGUAAUAACCACGAGUCCUGGGGCUGGGACCUGGGACGGAAUAGACUUCACCACGAUGGAAAGAAUCAGCCCAGUAAGAUGUACCCUGCGUUCCUGGAGCCGGAUGAGACGUUUAUAGUCCCCGAUUCAUUCCUGGUAGUGUUGGACAUGGACGAGGGGACUCUGAGCUAUAUUGUGGACGGACAAUACUUAGGGGUGGCUUUCAGGGGACUCAAGGGGAGGAAGCUGUACCCUGUCGUCAGUGCUGUGUGGGGGCACUGUGAAAUACGAAUCCGCUACAUCAAUGGACUCGAUCCUGAGCCUCUCCCUCUGAUGGACCUGUGUCGGCGCUCCGUGAGGGUAGCUCUGGGCAGAGAACGACUGAGUGAGAUCCAUGGUCUGCCUCUACCAGCCUCUCUCAAGAAUUACCUGCUCUACCAAUGACCCCCUCAGCACAACAUAGAGAACAUCUCUUAGAUCCGUGGACUGCUCCGUCUGUUGCCUCUACAUACACAGAACAUGUCUCUCUCUCUCUCCUCUGACUGCCCUGUCUGUUGUCACAAUACAUACACAGAACAUGUCUCUCUCUCUCUCUCUCUCUCUCUCCUCUGACUGCCCUGUCUGUUGUCUCAAUACAUACACAGAACAUGUCUCUCUCUCUCCUCUGACUGCCCUGUCUGUUGUCUCAAUACAUACACAGAACAUGUCUCUCUCUCUCUCCUCUGACUGCCCUGUCUGUUGUCACAAUACAUACACAGAACAUGUCUCUCUCUCUCUCUCUGACUGCCCUGUCUGUUGUCUCAAUACAUACACAGAACAUGUCUCUCUCUCUCUCUCUGACUGCCCUGUCUGUUGUCUCAAUACAUACACAGAACAUGUCUCUCUCUCUCUCUCUCUCUCUCUCUCUCUCUCUCCUCUCUCCUCUGACUGCCCUGUCUGUUGUCUCAAUACAUACACAGAACAUGUCUCUCUCUCUCUCUCUCUCUCUCUCUCUCUCUCUCUCUCUCUCUCCUCUGACUGCCCUGUCUGUUGUCUCAAUACAUACACAGAACAUGUC